GGCACGUGGCACGGAGCGCAAGCCACUGGGGCCCAGGCUAGAGUGGAGUGCGGAGGAGGCGGUGCAGCAGCAGCUGUGUGCGCUGCAGAGCAAUGACGACCCGUACCCCGACCACGGCGUGGAGGUCAUGUACCGCUUUGCAGGGUUCGACCCAUUUGAGCGAUCGCGGUACUUUGGGCCGCGCUUUGACCUGGGGCAGUUUGAGAGGUUUCGGCGGCUCUUCCACCACACGCACUACCGUGUGCUGCUCUCCCACAAGCGCCAUUGCCUCCUCUCCUCCUUCUACGUCUCCCCAGCGCGCAUGAAGCAGAGGGUGGAGGUGGAGGGGGUGCGGCCGGGCGAGCUGGAGGUGUUUGAGUUCACGCUGGAGCAGCUUCGCCUUGGUGUCACUCUUACCGCGGCUCUCGUCUGCGUGUUGGCGCUCAUAGCCGCAGCUGCAGCAGCCAAAGACCUCUAUUCCGUGCUGGGCGUGGAGCGGGCGGCCAGCGACAAGGACAUCCGCAAGGCCUUCUACAAGUUAUCGCUCAAGUACCACCCUGAUAAGAACCCCUCCAAGUCAGCCAAGGCCAAGUUCAUGGAAAUCUCUCACGACCUGUGCCCUGACGCCUAUCUGUGUUCCCGUGUCGUCCGCCCCCCUGCAGCGUACGACGUGCUGUCGGAUCCGGACAAGCGCACGCAGUACGACCUCAUGGGGGACCCCUCCGACCCGCCACACUCCGCGCACUCCGCGCACUCCUCCAGUGGGCGCACCAAGGCGGGGGGGCAGCACCAGUGGCAGGGCGGGCCAGGCUUCAGUGGCUUUGGGUGGGGUGAAGGCGCGGGGGCGGGAGGAGGAAAAGGGAGCAGUGGAGGGAAUGCGUACACGUAUCGCUUCUCCUCUGGCAAUGGUGCGGGUGCAGGAGGCACAAGCGGCAAGUCGUCGUCCUUCUCCUUCUCCUCCUCCGGUGCUUCCCCCUUCUCAUUCGCCUCCUCUGGCUCCUCCGCUCCCAACGUUGAGGAGCUGCUUGCAUCCUUCGGCAUGGGAGGCAUGGGGGGUAUGGGUGGUAUGGGGGGCAUGGGGGGCAUGGGGGGCAUGGGGGGCAUGGGGGGCAUGGGUGGCAUGGGUGGCAUGGGAAAACAAUUUGGCAAGGCGUUUUCGUCGUCCAAGUCGCGCAGUGGCAAGAAGCAUGGGCAUGGUGGAGCGCCGAGCAUGGAGGAGCUGCUGGCGGGCUUCAUGGGUGGCGCUGCUGGUGGUGGCCCCUGGCACGGUGCACAGCAGCGCAGCAAGGCGUCUGCUGGCGGGUUCAGCGGAGGCCAAGGAUUCAAGUCCUCAAGUUCGUCCAGCAAGGCCCGCACAGCCAACCAGAGGGCCAAGACAGCGGGUUCAACUGGGGGUGGAAUGAAGGGUCAGAAGAAGGCUUAUAGAAGAUAA